CUCACUCUCGAAACCUUCCACACCAAACACUGGGAGUGGAUCCCUCAGCAAUGGACUCCUCCAAUACCUCAGCCGUCCUCAUAGCCUUCAUGCUCUUGCUCUACUCCACUGCGCCCAUUGUUUCCGGCGGCUACUGCCCCCCUCCCAUGCAUAAGCCACCCAGAUCCAAACACCACAGGCCUAGGUCUCCUGGAGGCCCUCCCACAGGAAGACCACCUAUCACAGUGCCGCCGGUCAUCGGUAACCCGCCGUUCACCUUCCCGCCAGUGAUCGGAGGACCGCCUGUUACGGUUCCCCCGGGCAUCGGUGGGCCUCCGGGUACCAACCCACCGGGGAACAAUCCUUCCGUUCCUUCUCCGGGUGCGCCGGGGUCGACGACGACAUGCCCCGUGGACACCAUCAGGAUCGGCGCGUGCGUUGAUCUGCUGGGUGGUCUCGUGCGCGUCGUCAUCGGUGAUCCGGUGGUGAAUCAGUGCUGUCCGUUGCUGCAAGGACUCUUGGAGCUCGAGGCCGCAGUAUGCUUGUGCACCAGCAUUAGGCUGAGGCUUCUCAACAUCAACAUCUACCUGCCACUGGCACUGCAGCUGCUGAUUACGUGCGGGAUUACUCCUCCUCCUGGUUUCACGUGCACCGUUAAUUAGAACCGAGUCCGGCUUCCUCACCUCGAGGUCGACAGAGAGUAUCGUAUCUUACUAGCAGAUGAGUAAUGGAUGCAGGUGUGAUUAUUUUAACGCAGCUUCUUGUGGCAAUGUGUUUGUGGUUGGUUUCAUCAGUCAACGGAGUGAAGGAAUGCAUGCAUGCAUGCAUUUCCUCGUGUCCUCAGGAUGUUGUAAUGGAAUCCAAUAAAGAGUUGUCGAGAUGUGGAUUGUACGCUGCCA